AUGACCCAUUAUGCGCCGGAACAGACGGAUACCGACGAGAAGCUGGCCGAUAAGUUUCGUGAGGGCCUUAGGCACGAGAUUAGAAUGGUACUGGCAGUCCGUGGAACCCUUACGUACGCCGAGGCGCUAGCUCUCGCACUAGAUGUUGAGGCAGCAAAUCCCAAAGAGCGGAGCGCGGAAAACACUACGCUAGCCCUACCCCCGCCACGCCCUAACCACGAUAAGAGGAGAUGGGACGAGAGUAGGACCCACUAUGAUAGCAAGCGAUACCGCCCCACUCAGAACCAACCGCCGUACGGAGGAGGGCAGACUUCGUUCAACCCAAGGAGCGACCCCCGGGCUAGGCCACCCCAAUGUCACAUUUGCGCCAAGUACCAUUUCGGGGAGUGUAGAGGACCGAACCCGACUAGGUGCUUCAACUGUGGAGGGAACGGUCAUUUCUCGAGGGAGUGCCCGAGCAAGAAUAUGGGAACCGGGUCGAGGCAGAACCAUCACGGUUUCCGUCAGCAGCCGAGGGCGCCACCUACGGGCUCGGGAGCAAACUGGGACCAGCCAUCGCGGCUGCAGCAGCCAGUCCGCCCAAGACUUCCCGCCCCGGCUAGAGCGUACGCCAUGAGUCAGAAGCAACCCAAGAUUGAGCAAGGGAAUCACGAGAGUGGCAAUUUGGCAGGUAUAGGUGAAAUCCUCGAUACCCCUAUUGUUGUUUUGCUUGACACGGGCGCAUCGCAUUCGUUCAUAUCUGAGUUGUGUGUGCAUACCUUGAGCUUACCUGUUAGGAAAUCUGAACAUAAGAUGAUGGUGUCCUCACCAGUAGGAGGGAUAGUAGAGAUUUCACGAUUUUGCAUGAACAUAGAAAUCAUACUAGGAGAACUUAAGAUAGUUGCUUACGAUCUGCGAGUUAUGGCGAUGAGAGAUGUCGACGUAAUCUUAGGAAUUGACUGGUUAACCGCGAACUUUGCGAUGAUUAGUUGUAAGGAGCGACAGAUAUCCCUACAAGCCCCGGGUACGGAACCCAUCGUGUACCACGGAAUCUCGAUGAACCGGCGAAACGCCAUAAUCUCCGCGUUACAAGCCACCGCCAUGAUAAAGAAAGGACGCCCAGCCUACCUUGUCUAUCUCCACGGAGAAGAGAAGGAGGAAAGGAGGCUCGAAGACGUCGCCGUCGUACGAGAUUUUCCCGUUGUUUUUCCCGAGGAGUUACCUGGACCGCCGCCGGAUAGGCAGUUAGAAUUUACGAUCGACCUUGAACCUGGAGCCGCACCUAUAUCAAAGGCACCGUACCGAAUGACGCCUAAGGAGUUAGAGGAACUAAAGAUACAGCUACAAGAGCUCAUGGAUUUAGUUUUCGUUAGGCCCAGUGUUUCGCCAUGGGGCGCACCGGUGCUCUUCGUUAAGAAGAAAGAUGGAUAUGGUCACUAUGAGUUCGUCGUGAUGCCGUGCGGUCUGACGAAUGCCCCAGCAGUGUUCAUGGACUUGAUGAACCGAGUUUUCCACCCGUACCUAGAUACGUUCGUCUUAGUGUUCAUAGAUGAUAUCUUAGUGUACUCGAAGGAAGAGAAGGAGCACGCGGAGCACCUACGAAUCGCGUUGGAGACGUUGAGGACGGAAAAAUUGUACGCCAAAUUCAGCAAGUGCGAAUUCUGGUUGAAGGAAGUCAACUUUUUAGGACACAUCGUGUCGGCAGAAGGAAUUCGAGUGGACCCCGCCAAGGUUGAGGCGGUGCAACAAUGGAAGUCGCCAUCAACACCGAAUGAGAUUCGGAGUUUCCUGGACUUGGCAGGAUACUACCGAAGGUUCAUAGAAGGGUUCUCCAAGAUAGCAAGACCGAUGACCCAAGCAACUCAAGAAAGGAAUCAAGGUGAACUGGACACCGGAGUGUGA